CUUAUGACUUAUGAGAGAGAAAGAAAAAAAAAGACACAAACACACAGAGAGAUGGGUUAGAGUCCCACAACUGUCUGUCCCCGCUGUUGGACAAAACUGCCACCGCCAAUAAUGCUUGGGACCUUGUAAACCAGACAAGCAACUCUCUCUCUCUCUCUCUCUGUUUCAAAUGCAUCUCAUAGUGCUAAUAGCAUAUCUCUUGUAACCCAAGUUGAGAAGUUUCCACCUUUCAUUUCUUACCACAAACAAGUCUUAUACUACUCUUAAGAUCAAACCACUAUUUGGAGCACUGUUGUGUGACCUGAGAGUUGUUCCAAGCACAGCAUUUAUUAAUAUUCUAUAUAAGAAUAAGAGGGUAUCAACUAUCAAAGGCAUCAGAAACACAAAGGAAUAUAUUGCGGGGGUGUUACUCAUAUGGGGUCUCGUUCUGCUUCUUCUUGGGGAUUACAUUUAUUACCAUUCCUUUGUUAGUAUCACUACCAUACGGAAUGUUGGUCACCCUCAUUUCAGGUCUAAGGUAAGAAAGAGAGAGCAAAAGCUACUAGCAUUUAAGACCAUAUACUUACUUGGAUCACCAUUCACCUUAAUUUCAUGGAGAGCCUUCAAGGACCCCUCAAUUCAUGUUUCUUUGGUGAGCAUUUGGAAGAGAAUUGUUUGGAGCAAGUUCUAGUUGAUGCAGGAAGCUUGAGGCUUGAGGAGGAAGAACAGCUUCUAAUAUCAAGCCUAGAGGAUAACAUUAACAUGCCGUUUCUUCAGAUGCUUCAGAGUGUGGAAUCCCCACAAAUUUUCCCUCUGAAAGAACCAAACUUUCAAACGCUUCUGAGGCUGCAGCACCUGAAGAAACCAUGGGAAGGAAUAGCCUAUAUUCCAAGAAUGGAGACCCAAUUUCAAGCAGCAUUGGAGCUUGAGAGUUGUGUGACACAUGACAUGUUGGAGAUGCAGUCACCAGUGAAAUCAGAAAGCAACGAGCUUCAACACCUACUUUCAGUUUCAUGUGGUGAGAAAGUGAGCUACGAGUGCAACCAGGAACCACCACACAAAGUAUCACAACCAUGUCUCAAAUCGCAGCCAGUAACUACAACAAGGGAAAAGAGAAAGAGAAAAAGAACAAGGCCAAGCAAGAACAAGGAAGAUGUGGAGAAUCAACGCAUGACCCACAUUGCUGUUGAACGAAACCGCCGACGCCAAAUGAAUGACCAUCUCAGUGUUCUUCGGUCCCUUAUGCCCCCUUCUUAUAUUCAAAGGGGUGACCAAGCUUCAAUCAUUGGAGGUGCAAUAGAUUUUGUGAAGGAGUUGGAGCAGUUGCUUCAAUCCCUUGAAGCACAAAAAAGGAUGAGAAAGAAUGAAGAGGGUGGUGCUUCUUCCAUGAGGUUGUGUAACCCAUCAUCAUCAUCAUCACCAUCUCCACCACAUGGUUAUGGAAUGAGGUCAUCAUCAUCGUCCAACGAUGAAGUGAACUGUGGUGAUGAGGUGAAGGCAGAAAACAAGUCAGAAGCAGCAGAUAUAAAGGUCACCUUGAUUCAAACCCAUGUGAACUUGAAAAUUGAGUGUCAAAGAAAGCCUGGGCAAUUGAUAAAGGUAAUUGUGGCUUUGGAGGACCUUAGGCUAACAAUUCUGCACCUCAAUAUCACCUCAUCCGAGGCUUCUGUCCUUUACUCCCUCAAUCUCAAGAUUGAAGAAGACUGUAAGCUAGGUUCAGCAAAUGAAAUUGCGGAAGCAGUUCAUCAUAUAUUCAACCUCAUGAAUGGUAGCUAAAGACCACUUAGCUUCAAGCAUAGGGAGCGGGUAGUAGAGAAA